UAAUAUCAUACGAUAUUAUUAAUUAACAUAUUUCGAGCGUACUUGAUUUCCAUACCAGAAAGUGUUAUUUCCAACUAUCUUGAAGCCAUCGUCUUCCAGACUUUAUGACGAUUAUGUUGGAAUUAUUCUGGAAUUUAUAGUAACGAGAAAUGAGUACAGCAGCAGCUAAAUAUUUCUCAAAAUUGAAGUCGACAUCCGAUUCUGAGGUGUACAAGACUUUAUUAGAAAUUCGGAAGAAUGUGUCCAACACGAAAGAAGGUGUCGAGCUUCUUCUAGACAAUAAAGUUAUUCAGAUUUUAGUUCAUUAUUUGCGUAAACCAAACGAGAACAUCGUAGACGUAUGUUUAAGUAUUUUGGGGAAUGCGUGCUUACAGAGACCUGCACGGAACCAGGCAUUAGACGCUGGAGUGUCAGAAGCUCUUGUUCAAUUACUGCGCCAAGAGGAACAGAGGGAUAGUAUUCGAGGAAGAGCUUGCCGUCUUGUGGGAAACCUUGCACAGGACCGCACGUUGGCAGACAGACUGCACCGUGCUGGUAUUUCAUCUGUUCUAGCUCCUAUGAGCGGUUCAGACGGUACUAACUCUUUAGCUACCAUUCAGAUGCUAGUGAGAGCCAUCAGAUUGCUGUGGAGUGUUUCUCAGUAUAGAACAGAGAUGUUGGAACUCAAUUUGGUCCAGAAUGUAGCAGUUCAUUUAAAGACAUCACAGGAAAGUGCUGUGGGAAAAGAACUUGUGAAAGCGGUGCUCAAGGCACUCACUGUAAUAACAAACCAUUGUACUGAUGUUUGUGCUGAACAGGUACAUGCAGGAUCCUCCAAAUUCACAUCUCUGUUACCACUGGCAGCAGAUCCGACUCUACGAGAAUCAGUUCUUAGUACGGUUUUGAACUUGUGUCACAUAGAAAGUCAUCGGCCUGAAUUGGGAAAUGCUGGAACUGUUGAAAUACUCUUAGAUGCCCUAAUGGAUCCCAGUAUAUCAUACACAGAUCUGCUUUACCAGACUGCCUUUAAUGCCUUGUGCCUUCUGACUCGUGAAUCUGUAAACCGUGCUAAGAUUCGACAUGCUGGAGGACUUGCUGUUCUUUUAAGUGCCUUGCAUCGUGGGACAGAACCAAUAGCAAAUGCUCAGAGGACACAUGCACUCCAUGCACUAGUACAAUUUGCAUAUGAUGAUCUGGGCAUGACAGAGUUGCUGCAGGCUGGACUUUUUGGAGCACUAUCAACACACCUAGCAGCAUCUGUAGAACGUUGUGGUCCUAAUCAUGGACACAAAAUUCAUGAAAAAAACAGGGAUAGGUCAUCCAGCCAUCAGAGCAAUAGAAAGAGAGUUCGUGUUAGCAGCCCAAGCUAUGUUGCUGUCAAGAAAGAGCGAGAGCUUAGCAGGUCGUGGUCAUCAGAUUGUAUGGAUGGCAAUGACAUUCAGAUGAUAGGAGACUGGAGCCCAACUAGUUCUCAUAGCUUUUGUUUCUCACCGGACGGACCAUCUUCACCAUCUCCAAGUUCAGCUUCGUCUUCUCCACCACCAACACCAACAGAAUAUGACUGGCCUGAUUUAUACUCUCCUGUAACAGCUGAAUAUAAUGAAAGCAAUGAUGAAGAGGAGAUGGGACUUCAGGAAUCAUGGAAAGACAUGAUUGAAGACAGUGAAGCUGAUAGUGAUACUGACAUGGGACCUCCAGAGGUACCUCUCCCAUGCAGUGGUAAUGAUUUGGGCUAUAUCCUUGUGUUGCUUUCAAGAGUUUCACAUAUGGACUCACUGUCUGAAGGACAGGCAUUAGCACCUACUCUUGAAACACUGAUAGAUUACAUUGUGCAGAUGGAGACAGCACAGCAUUGUGCUUCCAAGAUUCUUGCUCGUAUAAUAAGAAACAGGAAAUGCUUCUUGCCAUUAGUCCAGCAAGGAUUUGUGCUUUCUGUUCACUGCCGAUGCAUGUUGCCCCGACAUAAAGACUGUGAGAAAUGUUCAGGAGUUGAAGCAUUUGGUGCCACAAUAUUGCAACAAAUAUCUGUACAGGCUGAAUCAUCAUUUGGGACUGGUGAAAUGGAACAUGUUCUACAUUGUGGAGAAAAGGAAGUUCGUGCAGUUCUUGCACUGAGCAUACCUCACAUUAUCAAGAAUACAUCAAAGCUGCGUAAGUUGUUACUUGGAUGCCAUGCACUGGAUAUUAUUCUAUCAAUUUUGGACAGUCAAGAUAUGGAAAAAUGUUUGAAAUAUGCUCCCCACAGCCUCCAUGCUCUCUGCCUUUCACUCAGUAUCAGCAAUCCUGCUGAAAAGAGACAUUUCAAGGAAGCAUUAACUGAAUUUAGUCGCUCAGUUAAUGAUUCUUCGGAGACAACAGGCGACAAAUAUGUGACCAUCCUAUUAGACUGUGGAACAAGGAUAACUGCAGACCGAGAUAUAUUGUGUAGGAGCUCUCCAUUUUUCUCUGCAAUGAUGUCAGAAACAAGCAGUUGGAGUGAAACAGGAAAAAAGGAGAUAACAUUGCAUGAUGUAGCUGCCACACCAUUAAGGCUUCUACUCUCAAUAGCUGUCCAUGGCCAUCCAACAGAAAGCCUCUACAAGAAAGCUGGUCUUACAGAUGUUCUUAAUACCAUUGCUUUGCUUGACAGAUUUCUUUUCGAUGGUGCAGACAAGCUGUGUACAAUGGUACUGCAGAGAUUCUUGUCGCCCAGCUCUGUUGCAUCAGUGUAUUUGCAAGCUGCACAAUGCGGACAACCAGAAUUGAUGACAUGCAUUCGACUAGGUGCACUGAGAUAUUUACUGAUAGCUAAAAUGCUUCCUACAGAACGGCAGCAUUCUUUCAGAUUGUUGCUGCAGUCACAGAAGCGAGAUAUUUUUUUGUCUGAUAUUUCAAGGCUUCUUAGAAGUGAACUAACAUGUUAAAACUAUUAUGUAGCUAAUGUUUUUGAGCGUCUUUUACAUAAAAGUUUCUCUCUAGUCUGUCAUAUUGACAGGAAUGUAAAAUACUAAAAUAGCUUAUCUCUUUUUUUUUAUUGUGUUAAGUUUGGUGCUAUGUGAUAAUUUACUGUACCUGAUAUUUGUAACUGAUGUUCCCUGAUAAACCUUGUGAAGCCAACCAUUUGUGAGAUUAUGGGGAUCUAUAUGAGACAGGGAGUCUGCUCUCAGGAUGACAUUGUACUUUUUUGAGAAAGUAGUGCAUUGUUGCACACAGCUGGCAAAUACAGAAGUUAUUUUAGUAGGAACAUGCUGAGAAGGUUGCAAAUGGAUCCUCAUGUGACAGGCAAAAUAGUGAUGUUUAUAAUAUGGGUGGAGGGAAUCUACUUCCAAAUGACAGUUGGAAAAAUGUAGAAAAACAUAAUUUGCAACCUUUUAGACCGAGGGGCUUCUUCUGCUAGAAGAGUGGAAAAGUUUUGAGGAAGGGAGAAUGGCAAGGCUUUGUUCAGUAUUUUAUGUCAGAAAGCCACUGUCUCUUUUAAUAAUUGAGCAAUCUUUUUUUUUAUUAGAUUAAUGUAAUAUUUACAGUUGCUACAGUAAUACAUAAACACAACACUCUGUCUUUUUGUAGCAGAAGAUCACUUUUCCCUUGAUUGUUUUCUUUGUGUUGCAUUCUUUCAAUUCUGUACAUUAACCUUCAUUAUGAUACAAAGUUAGAGAAAAAUAUAAAAAGCAUUAUGUCAUUUACUUUUUGUAAUAAUGUGCUAAAGAUUAUAAAAUAGUUGAAAGGUUUCCUUUUUAACACUCUAAAAGAAAUGUUAAAAAUGUAGUCAAACGACACUGCUAUUUUAUCCAGUGCUUUGAUACACCCUUAUCAGAAAUGUAUCUUUCAUGUUUGCUACUGGAAAGCAAUGAAUCAUCUGUAGCACAAUGAUGGUUUAUAUAAAGUGAACAUCAUUCUUUGACAGGUUUUUUAACUUACAGCAAUAUCACACUCAAACUAUACUGCAUUAUUCUAAAGACAUAUUUUGUAAAUGCAUACGAAGUAUCAAAGUCAGAAGUGUAACUUAUGUUUAGUGGACCUAACAUGAAUGUUGGAAACACUGUAUGUAAUGGAACUUCACAACAGAUUAAAAGUUUUUGACUAAUAAAUACUUGAAUGCAGA